UAAAGAUCAGGGAUCUAUCACUGGAAUUGGUUUAAUCACUAGAAAGUGAAAAAAGGGGUAAACCACAGUAAAGCAAUGAUCAGCUUCGAGUACAUUUUAGUCAUUAUACCCAACUUCUCCUUUUAGUCAAACAAACAUGGCUUAUGUAUCUUGAGUCUUCUUCGUUCCCUACAAAAACAUACCAGUUCACACAUCACGUUUCAGUUAAACUAAAAGUCUGCUGAUCUUUUCCCAAUUGAUUCUGUUUCCAAUUUCAUUUUCUAGGUUUAGCAAAAUUCAAACGCGUGAUAAAUCAAAUCAAUGGAGGGUGUUCAGGAGCAGCAGAAAAGUCAACCCUAUGGACAAGAAGAUGAGAGUGAAAUAAUCACUGAGAAUGUUGGGUCUGCACAGAGUGUAGCUACCCAAGAUGGCAGUUAUCCUCCAAUAGUGGAUUCUAAAGUGGAAGUGCUUCAUGAUAAAGUAACUAAACAGAUUAUUAAGGAAGGCCAGGGUCAAAAACCUUCCAAAUAUUCAACAUGCUUUGUGCACUACAGGGCUUGGACUGAAAGCACCCAACACAAAUUUGAGGAUACAUGGCAUGAACAACAGCCUCUUGAAAUUAUUAUAGGGAAAGAGAAAAAAGAAAUGACUGGCUUGGCUGUUGGUGUGUCCAGCAUGAAGACUGGCGAGCAUGCCCUGUUACAUGUUGGCUGGGAACUCGGUUAUGGGAAAGAAGGCAGCUUCUCUUUCCCUAAUGUUCCUCCCAUGGCAGACAUUAUAUAUGAAGUUGUGCUUAUUGGGUUUGAUGAAACCAAAGAAGGGAAAGCUCGUAGUGAAUUGACUGUGGAGGAAAGGAUUGGGGCUGCAGAUCGAAGAAAGAUGGAUGGCAAUGCCUUAUAUAAGGAGGAGAAAUGGGAAGAGGCCAUGCAACAGUAUGAAAUGGCCAUAGCCUAUAUGGGUGAUGAUUUCAUGUUCCAGUUAUUUGGGAAGUACCGAGACAUAGCUUUGGCUGUUAAAAAUCCAUGCCACCUUAAUAUGGCAGCAUGUCUGAUAAAGCUCAAGCGCUAUGAAGAAGCUGUUGGGCAAUGCAGCCUUGUGUUAGCUGAGGAUGAAAACAAUGUGAAAGCCCUUUUUAGAAGGGGAAAGUCCAGAGCAGAACUUGGCCAAACAGAAGCUGCACGAGAAGACUUUUUAAAGGCAUGUAAAUUUGCACCUGAAGACAAAGCAAUUGCAAGAGAACUUCGUUGGUUAGCUGAACAUGACAAGGCUGUUUACCAGAAGCAGAAGGAGAUCUAUAAAGGAAUUUUUGGACCUCGCCCAGAACCAAAACCAAAGAGCACUAAUUGGUUAGUCAUCUUUUGGCAAUGGCUAGUGUCAUUACUUUAUCGUCUCUUUAGAUGUGAAAGAGUCAAAGCUGAUUGAUGAGAUCUGAACAACUAAAUAUGAGAAAAUAAUUGAUACAGAAUUAUGUUUUCGGAUUCAUCAAUGACUUAUGUUGUUGAAUCUGACUUUGCUGUAACUUUGAUUGCUAAGUUUUUCGGAUGGUCAUAUUGCUCAUGGUCAUGGAUGAUAUGUGAUAAAAUCUCAAGCUUGAGUUGAUGAUUCCUUUUUCA